UCUUUUUAAAACUUUAACAUGUCUUAAAGUUGAAUUACAAGUCUUGUUAGUUGUACAGCUUCUGGAAAGGAGGAUGUUCCGAGUUUCAAAGAUCAAACUCUCUUUCCCUCUCUCAACAUUAACCCAGAGAUUCUCCUCAUUCCAAGCUACGAAAUCGGUGAUCGAGAAGGCGGCAGCGGAUGGGGAGCUAAGAGUUUUCAUCGUCGCGGGCGAAGUCUCCGGCGAUAACAUCGGCUCUCGUCUUAUGUCCUCCCUCAAAAAGCUCUCUCCUAUACCCCUCCGUUUCCAUGGAGUUGGAGGAUCAAUGGUGUGCAAGCAAGGAUUGACUUCGUUGUUUCCCAUGGAGGAUUUGGCUGUAAUGGGUGUGUGGGAGCUUUUGCCGCAUCUUUAUAAGUUCCGUGCGAAGUUGAAGGAGACCAUUGAUGCUGCAGCUAUGUUCAAGCCACACGUUGUUGUGACUGUUGAUUCAAAGGGCUUCUCUUUCCGUCUACUUAAAGAGUUAAGGGCUAGAUAUAAUCAGCUUCGCUUGGAGGAUUCUCCCGUGCAUUUUCAUUAUGUGGCACCGUCGUUCUGGGCCUGGAAAGGAGGGGAAUCAAGACUUGGAGGUCUGUCUGAGUUCGUUGAUCAUCUUUUCUGUAUUCUUCCAAACGAGGCAAGGGUUUGUAGGGAACAUGGGGUGGAAGCAACCUUUGUUGGACACCCCGUUCUUGAGGAUGCUUCUGAAAACAACCUUGUGAGAACUUGCAAACCUACUCAGGAAUCGAAGCUUGAGGACUUGAAUUUUUUAAGCAAAUACACACUACCAUCUGACUCCACGUUUAUUUCGGUUCUACCUGGGAGUAGAUUACAAGAAGUUGAAAGAAUGCUACCAAUAUUUUCCAAAGCAAUGAAGCUACUCAAAGACCCGUUUCCUAAACUAGUAACGCUCAUCCACGUUGCAUCCAACAGUCAAGUGGAUCAUUACAUUGGAAAAACUCUCCAUGGUUGGCCAGUUCCAACAAUACUAGUCCCUAGUGGAUCCACUCAGCUUAAAUAUGAUGCCUUUGGCGUGAGUAGAGCUGCGUUAUGCACUUCAGGAACAGUUGCUGUUGAGCUGCAGCUAGCUCGUCUACCUUCCCUUGUAGCUUACCGAGCACAUUUUUUAACAGAGCUGUUCAUCCGUUACAAAGCCAAGAUUCCUUACAUUUCUCUCCCAAACAUUUUGCUUGACUCCCCAAUCAUUCCUGAAGCUUUGUUUCGAGCUUGCAACCCUUCUAAUCUUGCCUUGAUACUUGAGAGACUGCUCUUGGAUGAAGAAAUGAGAGAAAAACAAAUUGUUGCUGCUGAAAAGUUGGCACAGCUCUUGCAUCCAUCAGAAAGCGGAAUGGGCAAAUGGGUUCAUUGCAGUGAUUUAGAUUCUCAUCGAUAUACACCAAGCAAUUUAGCAGCUUCGACUAUUCUUAGUUAUGCCAAGCGAUGAAGCCUGUCACGAAGAAUGUUUCUUACCAUCCUUCAACUGAAAGGACCUCGCUGUUGUUACUGCUAACUUGUCUCAACAUCAGCGAAUGUGCUAUGCGUGGGUUUUGUUUCUAUAAAACUCCACUGAGUUGCACCUAUCUUGGUGAAUGAGAUAGAUUUAGCUUAAGAAAGUAAAAGAUAGAAAGACCGUAUUGGAUGGAUCUUGUCGGUUGCCACAACUAAUGUAAUGGUUAAUUCGCUUUCAAGAUGGGUACAUGAUUAUCAAAUAGGCAAAUCCCAAAGAGAGAUAGACGCAAAACAAUAAAAAUUCAUAUUAUGUGAUCUCUUAAAACCCCAAACUUUCAUGCACCAGUAUCCCAUUUACAAUUUAAAAAAAAAAAAAGAGGAAACAGUCUCAGAUCAGUAUGUUUUGUUUUAGGUUGGAAUAUUCUUGCAAGAGAAAGAUAUUUUGGUAUUAAGAGCCACCCAUGAUAAUAUCAUCGCCGGUUGUUGUUGGCUUUGGUGGAGCUGCUCCAAAAGUGAAUCCUUGAGGAGGGAUACUUGAAGCAGGGGACGAAAAUAUAGAUUCAGCAGAAGCAUUGUUGAACAGAGGGAUUUGCGCUUGACUAUUAUUAUUAUUAACCUUUGGGAAACCAAACCCAAAUGUUGGAGGAUCGUUGAUAUUCAUCGCCGCCAUCAUCCCUUCUCUUGAUCCAAGUAUAGUCUGCUCAAACGCCUCCAGUUGUUGGUAGAACUCUGUGCGAAUAAAUAACAAAAAUAAGAGUAAAUGAGCAGAGCAGUUUCGAGAAUAAUUAAGUUGAAAUCUAAAAUGUGAGUUAGUGGUUGCCUGGAGUUAUGUCAGUUGUGGGUCUCCGUUGCUUAACCCACUGAAGACUCUCAGCGAGUCUCCACCCUUUACGUUUCAUCAAGUACGCUAUAACAACCGCUGGUGAUCUGUU